CAUCGAAAUACGCCCGACAGUGUUUUUGACCAACGGGUCGCGUCCAAGUAUGUUUGGGUCAGUCCAGAGGGGCUGAGGUUUAAUGCUUUCGCGCGAGAUAGUGUGACCAUGUUUGAUAUUGGGGGCCGUAAUUAGGAACUGCCCCUGCACGAUUGGCCGCCGUUUUGUAUCAAGCGGCCUCACCUCACGUCCAGCCCCAACUAGCUCUCACUGGGUACAUGCAGUGUAGCGCCCGAGACCAGGGACGAGCAUCGUCUAGUAUACCACGGACAAAUUUGAAGUCAGUCUGCCUCACUACUAUAUAGUAAGAUGAGAACGCAGCGGAGCAAUGUUGCUGCGCAUUUAAAGCUUCAUGCUUGCCUGGUUUUACAAACCAAACCAAACUUCUUCAUAAUAUAAUGAUAUAAUGCUCUUUGGUGGUAACAUCCUACGAGCAUAGCAUCCUUUCCGCACGUCUCGGCCGACAACUGCCAAACUCGGAGUGCUCAAACAUGGACAGAUUCCACGACGUUCAGAUGAACAAUGGCGGUCGAUCACAGGAUGAGAUAUCAAACGAGAGAGCACCCAAGACAUACAGCAAAGUAUUCUCAUCUGAGAAAUCAUCCGAAGAAAACAUCCACAAGAUUCAGAGUGGAACUCGCUGGAACACCAUUUCUUCUCGUCCCAUUGAAUACGCAAAGGGGACAUGGCAUCGAAGCAGCCUUCUACACGUCUGGUGGCUCGAAAUACUGGCCUGUAUUCUUACAGUCGCCACCGUCGUUGCCAUCAUCGUUACAGUCCGCGCCUACGAACACAAGCCGCUGCCUCAAUGGAGAUACGGAAUCUCUCUCAACGCCUUGAUCGCUGUUUACACCGUCAUUAUGAAGGGUUGUGCUGGCCUUAUUCUGGCUGAAGGUAUCAGCCAUUUGAAAUGGACAAGUCUUUCGAGACCCAGACCACUUUCAGGAUUCGCCCUACACGAUCAGGCCUCCCGAGGUCCCUGGGGCGCCGUUGCUCUACUCUUGAAGCACAGAGGAGGCCUGUUCUCCUCCCUUGGAGCGUUCGUUACUAUUCUGGUCAUUCUACUGGAUCCAUUUUCGCAGCAGAUCAUACGCCUAGAGGACUGCGUUCGUGUGUCCGGUGAUGUCCAGGCUAGCAUCCCAAGAGCCCAACACUACGAUGAAAGUGGAAGACAUAUUUUCGCAAUCUAUCAGGAAAUCUCCAGAGGUCUUCGAGAUGCAGCUUACAACGGUAUCUUCGCCGACAUCAAGCCCCAGGUUCAAGCGACCUGCCGAUCCGGCAACUGUACCUUCCCAGAAGAAUACACCACCGUGGGGUUCUGCAGUAAAUGUCGAGACAGGACCGAUGAUCUUAUUAUGUCUACUUUCACCAACGGCACGGGUAGUCUAAAAACCCCUUGGACAAAUGCCACUCUCGACGGCAUUUCACUUGUUCGUCCAAAUGGGAGUAUCAUCCCAUCUGUGAACGGAACUGUGAUGAAACCAGUUUCUUUCCUGUCCGGUGGCAGUACCUUCGAUGAGAUACCUAUGAUUCGCCGCGAAAGAGCGCCAGAGAAUCCAGAUCCGGAUAUCUACAAGGCAUACAGCUGUCGAGUCUAUCCAUGCAUGAAAUCGAUCCGGGGCUCUAUGAGCAUCAGCGAGUUGCACGAAACCAUCGAAGAAAGCGGUCCCUUUGAGGAGACCUUCUCGCACAGCAUGAGGGUAGGAUAUGGCGCUGGGUCAAUCAACACCGCUGACCUGAAAUGCGUCGACAACGACGGUCGCCGCAUCCUGAAGGACCUUGGCUACAAAUUCGACGACAAGACUCGAUGGCUUCCAUACAAUGUCUCCGCCAUGUUUGGAUCCCUAAAAGACCCCGAAUACGUGACCAGCACAGACUACAACCCUUGCACGAAAGCGCCCGCGCAAUCCUCGGCUGAAAUCUGCAAAGACUACGGAGGUGGAUCUUGGAACUUGACCGAGAAAGCCUACACGGUCGUCCCAGCAAGGUGCAUCCACUCCAUGGGCUACAUCUUCUACAACAGUGUCGGCCCUUACCUCCUCGCCGACAUCCUCCAAGGCGAGCUCUACGACUCCCCCAACUACGGCUACGGCGCCUUCGAAGGAAAGGAAACCCUCAUGUCGCUCUGGAACGCAGGAUCAGGCAACGGCACCAUUGCAGACGUCGAUGGAAUGGUACGCAACAUGACAGACGCCAUGACCACGUACAUGCGCAGGAACGGUCUCGAGAACUUCACCGCGCCAGCGAUCGGAGACGUGCAUUUCAACACCACAUGCGUGGAGGUGCGCUGGGUAUGGCUGAUCUACGCCGCAGCGACUAUAGGCCUGCUGAUUGUCUUCUUCCUCGGCAUGGUGAUCCAGACGACCAUCUCGCAAUCGCGGCUCAGGGCCGAGGCUGGCGUCGAUGGAAUCGUUCCUCCGGUCCACGACCUGAAGUCUGACGCUUUGGCUUUCUUGUUCCACGGUUUCGACAAGGAGAGUCUGGAUAUGAUGGGUACUGUUGGGGCUACAAAUAGGCAAAGGGAGAUUACGAAGAGGGCGAAGGAGUUUAAUGUCCAGUUGGUGCCGACCGAACAAGGAUGGAAGUUGUCGUCGCAGAGAAGAUAGGCCAUGUGAACAGAGGGUUGCGACAAUAAUGUACAAUGUGUAAUGGUAUGGAGGAACAUUUAAG